UACAUAUUUCCUGCUGGUCUGGUGGGGCAAGAGCCUUCUGGUGUCUCAAUCUAUUUGUGUUAACCCCUUCCAACAUGCUGACUGCCACCAGCAGCAAGCCCAUUUGUGCUAAGGAACAGACAGAAAAGACUUGAAGGGGAACUGCCAAUAUUUUGUCAGCAUGACCAUCCAUUUUGCCAUCCUUUAAAGUCUUCAAAAGGCAUAUGCCAACUUUUCUCCUGUUGUGAUUAUUGCAAUGCCAGAGACUAUGACAGUGGCAACAUCAGCUACCUGAAAGGCGGUUGUAGCCAGCUGGAGCUUGGCCUCUUCUCCGAGGCAGUGACAGGACAAGUGCACACAGCCUCAAGCUGCACCUGCAGACAUUCAGGUUUGGAUGGCAGGAAGAAUUUCUUCCUCAGAAGGGUUGUCAAGCAUUGCAAUGGGCUUCCCAGGGCACUGGUGGAGUCACCAUCCCUGGAAGUGUUCAAGAAACAACUGGAUGUGGCUGUGGUUUAGUUGACAAGUUGGUGAUCAGUCAAAGGUUGGACUCAACAAUCUUGGAGAUCUUUUCCAAACUUAAUGAUUCUCUGGUUUUCUAAUUCUUUGAUUCCAGAAGUAGGUUUCUCUGUGUCUGGACUAUCAAAACCUAAUCCACCGCACCAAGUGCAGUUAUUUUCAGCUUGUACAAUAUCCCUGUGCAUGUGGGGUGUGUGCUUAAAAAGAAAACAUUCCUCUCUCACUCACUUUGAGCAAGGAAUUUGUUUCCAUUCCUUGUGCAUUCCUACAGAGGCAUGAAAUCCAAAGUGCACCUGACCCUUUUUUGAUUCCAACAAUCCAUUUUAUAUUCUGAACUUGCUAAUUCAUUUAGUCAGUACACUUUCCCUAUCACAUCCUUUUUGCUCUACUGCUAUCAGUGCUGUUCUGUCAAGUGAUGAAUCUUUCUCUGCUGUCCAGGAAGUCAGAAUGAAUUCCAGAGACCCAAACAGGGUAUUAGUUUGUCAUGACUUCAGUAAGCCCUCUUAGCUGCCUGUGGCAUUAGGUCUCUUCACCAGAUCGAAGCUGUGGUGCUUCAGAAUGCUUUCAUGAAGGACUGAGGUGAAAUGGUGAGAAAUAUUCUUUUUGCGAUGCGCUGUGGCGGUGUCUUUCCACGUUUAUGUUUGUAUGUGUGCAUGGGCAAAGGUGGCACAACAACCCUGGGAAUUUUUUGGCAUGUGGACAUUCUGGUCCUGGACUAUCAAUUGCCUGCUCAUUUUGUCCUGUCUGAUUUGAGACUUGCACACAAAAUGUCACUUUUUAAUUUAAGUAGUAAGUUAGUGCAAGUAUUUUCCUUUUGUUUCUUAAAUUACCUUUUCAGUAGAAUAAAAGUAUUACAGACCAAGCAAUACAGUCUGAGGAGCACAAAAAUAAUUUGCAAAUGGAAUCUCAGAUGGGUUGAAGAAACCUGUUAGAAAAGUAGCUGCCUAACUGAAUAAACAAAAUUAAAUCAGAAAAGAUUUUGGCUUGCAUGUUGGGUUGGGCCUUAAUGACAGAUUCUCCACACAGAGAGUUAAGUUGAACUCUGGUUGUUUUCAUUUUGGCAGAUAUUGGCCUAUUUCCGUUCUUUCCCAGCCACUUUUAAGCCACUGAAUUCCUCCCGCACCUUGGCUUCCCACUCCAGCUGCUGGUGAUGGGAGCAGUAGGGAGGGAUAGCACAGCUGCAUGAGCUGCAGGGCCACAUGUGCCAGGAAAAGGCCAGACAGCAGUGCUGGGGAACUGCAGCCCUGCUCCGGGCUGCUGCAUGUUUGUACACACAUGGCAGACAUAGGAGUGAGGUUUAGCUGGAACAAUGAACCAAGAAGCAAAUAUUACUGUAUGCCAUCUCUCAAACCAUUGAUUGCUAUCUCAGCUGGGUGCUCAUACCAAGCUUUCCUUUUACCUUAUCUCAUAAAAAGCACCAAGCUUGCUUGGCACGUGGGAUUUUGACAUGGAAAAUUUUACGUCUGUGGGAAUAGAAAUUCAGCAUGCAAAACCCCUCAUAGAUCUGCUCUGCAGCAAGGAGCUGACACUGUUAAUCCCACUGGAACACAUGUGGUGUACUAAAUUUUUACGGUUGAUGUUGGUGUUUGGUGUGACAACUAGCAUUGAUGAGUGAAAAUAGAGCACUAGUGAUGAAAAAAGUGGCUGGGGAAACCACGGUAACCUACUCCUCACACACAAAAUCUGUCGUGACGGGACUGUCCGUGCGUGAGGCACAGCGCCGGGGCAUGUAGAAGAAUUUUUAGAAGAGCGAGGUCAUGAUUUAUUGAUAGGGGGUUUGAACAAUCCCUGCUACCAGGGAACAGUAUGAGAGUCUGUACUGUUCCUGUGCUGGUCUCGUAAACCUUGAAUUAGUAAGAAAGUAGCAAUUGUAAUAAUUUAGUGUGCCUUUGCACGGAUGCUUCCUCACGGAUGCUGAAUACGUGUAACAACUUGCUAGGCCUUCUCAUGGAUGUAGAAAACAGAAUGCUAUUCAUAAGGUAGAACAAAAGGUAAACUAGAUGCCAAAAAACAUGGACCAAUGAACAAUCAUUUAAUGUAUAUGUAUAUGUACUUUUAGCCAAUCACCAACUGUUUAGCUGUGCUUGCUUUCCUCUCUGUAACCUGAUAAAAGGAGUAUACCAGGAAUAAACAGCAGAGAUCAAAGCUAAUCAUAUUGAUGCCUGUUUGAAAGGAUGCUCUGCUCCUUUCUCGCAACAGGGGCACUGUUGCCAUGAGGUUUUUUCCUGUAUGUCAAGUGCUCAUAUUGAAAGAGCAUGUGCAGCUUCUCUCACGCUUGUUAAUGUAAACACUGGCUAUGUUUAGCUAACUGUCUCCCAUUGUUUACAUAUUACUAGAUGGGAGGAGAAAGGUGAUGGACAGUUUGACCAGUGGUGAUUAGGAGGUGGGAAAUGUCCUCCAAUGGAUGGACAUUAUAGAAGAUGUAUAUAAGUUACUUUGUAAAUAAACUGCAGGGGUUCCUGCCUCCUGCUCGGAUCUGCUCACAACCCAGAAAAUGUCUCCUGAGUCCCUCUCUUAUCGUCAGGAUCAGCUGCAGCAGGGGCACUGCACAGCUUCAGCGCGGGCUGACGAGGAAGGCAAUCUUCCCAUGGAGUGCAGGAUUUCGGGGUUCUGAUUGCCGCUCCUGCGCUGGGCUGCCAGCGCACAAAGCCUCCUCGAGCACCGGUGCCUCCUCCCCAGGCUUCCUGCAGUGCCUUUGCUGACUGGGUGCAGUCAGCCAGGCUGGAGGCAGGCUCAGCUGGUGUUACAAAGCAAUCCUGUCCAAAAGAAAGAAAAAAGACAAAGGCCAAAGCAGAAAGGAAGUAUUAGUUCCCAGGCUGAGUUCCUCACAGGUGGAGGCAGGAUUCCUCUGGUUCCCAGAAGGAUGCAGAAACAGGACACAGGGACACUAUGUGCCCCUUCACCUGCAUCUCCAGGACCUUGCUAUUGCAGGCCAAAGUAGCACAAAUUGUCUUCAGCCUUUUAUCCAGGUGUCUUCGGCUUGUUGGGAUUUUUCCUGUGACAACAGCCAGGGAAUGCUGCUUGCUGUCAAAGGGCUUUGUUCCUUCCAGGAAGCUCCGAAGACUCACUUGGGUUCCUCCUUUCUAAAACAUGGCCUGGUUAAUUGCCAAAAAAAUGAGCAGUGUAAGCCAUUCCUCGGCACAUGCCAAUCCCUCCAAGACAUUCUGAUUCCAGUGGGGUUCAGGCCCAAGGGUUGUUCUCAAGAGCACAAAAGUUCUCGGUUUCAGCAGCAAGACAAGAGCAGGCAGCUUGGCAGGCCUCUGCCAUCUCAAGCACUCACUUGCCUUCCAAAUUCCUCUGCUUCCUCUAGCCAUGGGCGUAAGUCCUGUUCUUGACCUGCUGUCUUCUCCUGUUCCCCGUGAGACUGGCACCUGUCUGCUCCUUCCCGUGGCACGUUGUGGGGAGGUAUGGAAUGAAAUGACAGAGGAGAAUUUCACAGAACCUGCACUUGGUAUCGUUUGCCCCGUUUGGUGCUUGCAACUAUCCGCAGCAGACAUGGACUUUGCAGUUGUGUGAGCUAUGUGCUCCAGAAAAGACAAGACUAAGUUAGCUCAGGAAAACCAGGAUCAAUUCACUCAGCUCCUGCAAGCCAGAAAUGAGAGUGCAGCAAAUGACUGAAAAAUGCAGUGCUAUGCAGCACGUCGUAUCCACCAUGGGCAGGAUAGAGAUUUCCAACCCACAUGCAUGGAGGAAUCUGACUUUGCAGGUUUCCCCCAAGCCAAAGGCAGUGGGUUUUGGCAAAGGCACUGGGACCUUAGUGUUGGACAGAGAACAUUUUCAAGAGAAGGGCUGACUUGGGAGCUGAGGGAAGCAGAGAGAAUGGGCAAAUGUGCCCAUGGAUGCAUCCACACUGUGAAGGUCUCUCCAAGGGCAGUCCCUACCAUGGACAGAACAUGGGCACUGCUCCCUGCAGAGGACAUGUCCCUGCCAUAUUGACCACACAAACGCUGUUCAGUGUCAUACAAACACAUAUGGGUGGUUUGUUGCUCAGCUUUUUUUCCCCACUAAGGUAUCCUUCUUCCUUCAGCACGCCUUACAGUGUGCUAGUUGGUGUUAGCCAUGCAGUGAAUGGAUAGGAAUGACAGGCAUUCCAAUUUAGGGAACUUUCCAGGAUAUUAUUAAAGCACAGUUUCCCUUUGAGAAUUUAAGCAAGUGUUCUUGAAUUUAGUCAGAAGCAGUGGUGGCCAAAGGGCACGUUUUCUUGGGUUUCCUCACAUCCCGGUUCUUUUUCAGUGUUCAGCUUGGUAUACAGGGGGUAUGGGCUCGGUGUCUGUUUUGUGUUACUUUUGAUCCUCUGUCACCGCGAGCCUAGCUAGAUAAGGACACUCAGGAGACAGAGGUCUGGGUUCAAACAGAGCAGCAGGCAGGAGAGCCCACCCUUAGUUUAUUCUUCCUAUUACAUACCUCUCACAAGGUGACCAUGGAUUGGAGGGUGGUUAUUCCACCUCUCACCCACAUUGGUCAAGGAGGCUGUCAUUCAACCUCCCCUUCUCUUGGAGAAGGAAUCCAUAACAAGGGCAGUAUUUACAAAACACGAUCUUGUGUUUACAUUUACGAGUGUGAGAAGCUGCACACUUCCACUUUAAUAUGUACGCUCAGCAAAUUAGGAAAUCUCAGGGCAACAAUCCUCUGAGCUAUGGGUGACGGACUGCAAGGGGGUUUUGUGCUCCUUUGGGACAGAGGAGAACUUUCUGGGCUUUCUUUUGCAUCAGAGGAGGUUGGGUUGCUAUGCAUAAGUUCACAGAGCAACCCAUAGAAGCUGCUAUUGUGAUGUCAGUGGAGGGCUGCCACAUCACAGUGCUGUCAAGACGAGGUUGCCCUGGUGCACGCAAGGCAUCAGCGCCCAGAGCAGCUCUUGGCGUGCUCGUUGCAGGAGGAUUGCCUUGACGGAGCUGUUCUCAGGCAACAGUUUGUGCCCUGACAAGGGAGUCUGUUUCUUUUGCCUGCUGUUGCACAAGUCUGUGGACUUGUGUAGGCAUUGUUUUUUUUUUUUCCCCUGCGGUUGUAGGGUGUACGGACACGUGCCGGUGUCCUUUUUUAUUUUCGUUGUUUUUUGAACAGUCUGGGGACUUGGGAAGGUGUCUUUUGUUUUCACCUCUUUCUUGGACAGUCCGUGGAUUACAACGGGUGUCCUUUUGUGUCCCUUUUUCCUUGCGCAGUCUGGGGACUUGUGCAAGUGGGUUUUUUUUUCCGUUUUUGUUUUCUGACCCACGGACUGGAGCAGCCCUGCUGAAACGAUGGAGCGAGUCCGUAGAGCAGUCAGCAGGGCUUUUUCAUCAGUGUCAUCCCGCAGAUUUUUGAAUGGUCUGAGACGUAAGUCGAAGUUUAUCCCUUGGGGCAGCACAUUGAGAGCAAAGUGCCAUAAAGGUGCCAUUGUGUUGGUAGAGCUUCUGCCAACAGCUUCGGCUAAAAAGAGGGUGUCUCUUGCCCAGCAGGCUGUGGACAACUUCCAAAAUUCAGGCUAGGAGAGCUUUGCAGGUGUCCUUCUAAAAACUGUGCGGUUCUCUCCAGAACUGAGGGAAAGCAGCUUUUUUCUGUGCUCCAUCCUUAAAGGAUGCGCCUGUUGAACUGGACCCUCUCUGUGUGCUACAAGAGCCAUUGGCUUUGGGCUGAAGGGCCGAGUGCCAAGCCGUCUUGUGUGUGCGCCUGAAGCCCACAGCUGGGCUUGUGCUGUGUCUGAACAGAACUGCAAGCACUAAGAGGCAUUUGGAGAAAGCUUUUGUGGGGAAUUGUUCACAGCAACCACAAGGGACAUGCUGCAUGCAUUUUACAAAAAGAAAAUUAAAGCCCAGGAAAGAGAGGAGAAACAAGCCACUUUAGCUGUAGCGUGGACAAUGAGCUACAAUGUAGGCCCUGAGUGCUGAGGAACAAUUUGCAUUUUCCCGGCCAAAUUUCUUAACAGAAACUUGGCCGGCAAGAGGUUGACACAGCCUAGGGUAUUGGCCUGCAGUCUUGCUUGCUGUGCUAAAGAAGUGUUGCUCUGGGAGGGAUGCUGUGAAAGGAAAAUGCCCUCUGCUUGGGUGAUCUUAUUCUGUGGGCUUCCUCAGCACAGACAGUUUUGUAACAUCACCUGGUUCAUUUUCCCUUCCACCUGCAGGUCGCCUCAGAGGUGGAAGGAGUCAAGGCCGUGGUUCGGUGAGUGGGAUGGGCACCCUUGACAUUCCUGGUGUCUGAGGAUUGUGGAGCAAGCUGUGGGCUUGGUCUGUUGUAGUUGAGAGCCAGCCUGGCAGGUUGAAAGGAAGCACGCGUCAAUGUCUGCAUGAGCACUACCAAAAGCAUUCCAUCAGUUUCCUCCUUUUCCGCUGAAGAGCUUUUAACUAAUGAAAGUCAAGUUUUGCAGACAGGAGGCUGUACGUUGAUUGUAGCCAGGCUGAAAUAUCUCCUUCGGAAGCAUAUGCAGUCCCAUCCAAACAUUAGUGUCAUCAGCCCCCUUGAAUUCAGUUUUAAUGACUGAGGACCCCACUUGUAUCCAAAUCCAUGACUUGUCCUUACCACAGCUGGGGAUAGAGCUCAGGACAAAGAAGGUUCUAAACGCCAGGUUAUUCUCUGUCCCUCACGCUGCUGUCUGUCUGCAGAGCACCACAGCACCAGCAGAAGAACCUCCUCUGGCUCGCUCUCUUCCUCCAGAGGCUAAAGAGGAGGCAAAGGACAACUUACCUGCACGUGCUGUCAGUCCAGGGCCGGAGCAUCUGGAACCAGCCCCAGCAGGAGAGAUUCUUGCCAGUCAGGACUGCUGGGCCCAGGCAGGAGAGGCGGAGCAGCAGGAGAGCAUGGAUAGAGUGUGCGAAGCCCGGGAUUUCAGAUGGGAGCAGUUGUCUGCCCUUGAGAGAAAGCACCACUCCUCGCUAGCCCGGGCCUUUGAAACGUCAGCAGAGACAGCGGAGGAAUUGCAGCCUCACAGGGAUCUGCUGAAGGAAGAGGUUCCUCUGGCGGUGCCAAAGGUUUGCCGCCCACAGGGGCCGUCCCCCAGGGUUCUGGAGAGGCUGCUCCAGGAGUCCUCUCGCCAAGGGGACACGCUGUCCCAGGUGUGCAGAGAGGAAACGGUGCUGGCACAAGAGAAGGCUGCCCUGGAAGCCCAGCUGCCAGGCACGGAGCGGAAGCUACGAGGCCUUUCCAAGCAGCUGGUAGAGACCAGGUCAGUGAAGGAGAGCCUGCAAAGCAGCCUGCAGGCGGCUCAGCGGCGCAUCUCGGAGCUGGAGAUGGCCAGGAGCUGUCUGGAAGGCCAAGUUCGCACAGCCACGCAGGCCAAGGAGGUGAUACUUGAGGAUGUGAGGGGCCUUGGUCGUGAGCUGCAAGCUGUAAGAUCUCUCAGCAAGCAGCAAUGUGAAGAAAUGGCCCAACAGCUCCGCAGGAUGGAAGAGCAGUACAUCAAGGCUCUCAGACUCUGGCAAUCUGCUCAGGAAGAGGAAAAAAGGAAGCUCCAGGAAAACUUGGAGAGACAGCUGGAACAACAGCGUUUGGAGGCGCAGCAGCAGCUGGAGGAACAGGCAAACCUCGUGGCAGAGCUCCAGCAUCAGAAGGCUGCUGUCUUAACCAGAAUGCACCAGAUGGAGAGAAAGCUAAUCCGAAGCCAGCAGCAAGUCGAGCAGCUGAGGCUGGAGCUGAGUAAGGAGCGGGAGAAUGGGCAGAUGGACACAGGCUCUGCAGCAGCGUCCUCCAAAGAAGGAGUCUCCCCUCUGCAGCCUGAAAACUCGAGCAUGGACAGUUCAUGCUGGUCAAGCCAGGAGAGAGAGAAGCAAUGCCUGAAGAUGCUGAGGAGCAUUGUGAGCAUGGCAGAUCCAGCAGAGAAAUACACUGGCUGGCAACAUAUUGGCAGUGGGUGAGUGCAGCCACACUUCCUUCUACACAACUAUGGGCCAGGUAUUUUGGUGGUGCAGUAUCAAGUGGGAAGUCAGGCAAGCUGCAAGCAUCUUCAGAGCCCGGCUUUAGAUUGUCCCUGUCUCAGUACUGAUCACAUGGCAUCAUCAAAGAUAACUGGAUGCUGCCAAAGUCUUGCCUGCUUUAGGGAGCAGCACCUGGAAGCCCUCCUGUCCCUCAAGCGUGUGGCACCAGUUUGCUUGUUUUCCUAGGAAACUUGGUUUUGUAUGAGUCAAAGUAAGACGGCCACACUAAGGAAGGAAGCAAAACCUGAGAGAGAGCUUCCCUCCUGAUAGCUGUCAGAUAACAGCUGUUUUCUUUCCAAAAUCUUGCUGAAAACAAUAUUCAGUGGUCAGGACACUAAGAAGGGCUGUGUGGUGUUGCCUGAGUUUAACGGAUAGAAUCAAGAGAGAGGUGAGAAGGCCCAACAGGCCUACGUGUUUCAUUGCCUGGAAAGGCACGCCACACGCACAGACACAGAAAGGAAAAGGCAAAGAAAACCCCCACAUCCAUAUUCUAGUGUGUCCUUUGGAGAUUUGUAGCAGCCCUUUUUUUUCCUGUUGGACGCCUCUUUUCUCUUGCACACGCUGCACGGCAGAGGGCUGCUG